AUGACGUCUCCUUCAACCAUCAAGUCCCGCUUCCUCUCACACCCAAACCAACUCGGCGUCGUCGCCGUCGGUUUCAAUGGCGGCCAGUGCAAGAAAGGCGUCGAAGCCGCCCCAAUGGCCCUGAUUGAAUCAGGCCUCCUAACCCAACUCCGCGAGGACCUAGACUACGAAGUCCAUCACGACGACACAGUCCACUACUACGAGCGCGACAUCCCCGCCUCCGACCCCGACCACCGCGGCAUGAAGAAGCCUCGCGCCGUCAGCGCCGUGACCGAGAAGCUCAGUUCGCAGGUCUACGACUACGCCAAGGAGGGCAAGUUCGUGCUGACUCUGGGCGGCGACCACUCGAUCGCCAUCGGCACCGUCUCGGGUACCGCCAAGGCCAUCCGCGAGCGUCUGGGCCGUGAAAUGGCUGUGAUUUGGGUCGAUGCUCACGCCGAUAUCAAUAUCCCCGAGACGAGCGGAAGUGGCAAUAUCCACGGUAUGCCGAUGGCGUUCUUGACUCGGUUGGCGAGGGAGGAGAAGAAGGAUAUCUUUGGUUGGUUGCAGGAUGAGCAUAUUGUCAACACGCAGAAGCUUGUUUACAUUGGUUUGCGCGAUGUCGAUCGUGGGGAGAAGAAGCUCCUAAGGGAGAAUGGUAUCAAGGCGUUUAGCAUGCACGAUAUCGACCGACACGGAAUCGGUCGCGUCGUCGAAAUGGCCCUCGCUCACAUCGGAAAUGACACUCCCAUCCACCUGUCCUUCGAUGUCGAUGCCCUGGACCCCCAGUGGGCCCCCAGCACCGGCACACCCGUCCGUGGUGGACUGACACUGCGCGAGGGAGACUUCAUCUGUGAAGCUGUGCACGAGACGGGCAAUCUGAUUGCCAUGGACUUGGUCGAGGUGAACCCCAGCCUGGAGGAGAAGGGAGCAUCGGAGACCAUCCGCGCGGGGUGUUCGUUGGUGCGCAGUGCAUUGGGUGAUACUCUUCUUUGA